CUCCUUCCCAUUGUCUUUCCAUUGGGGUCAUGGGUUCCUGGGUUCCUUGGAACCCAGGUGUUGGGGUUCCUUUGAACCCGGCGCUGGGUUCGAAGGAGCCCAACGCCUGGGUUCCUUUGAACCAGGCGCCGGAUUCGAAGGAACCCAGGUGUCGGGUUCGAAGGAACCCAGGCGUCGGGUUCGAAGGAACCCAGGCCUGGGUUCUUUUGAACCCAACGCUGGGUUCCUUAGAACCCAUCCCUGGGUUCUAUGAACCCGGUGCUGGGUUCCUCGGAACCCGGUGCUGGGUUCGUAAGAACCCGGCGCUAGAAUUGAUUGCGAAGAAGGUAAGGCAAGGAAGAAGAAGGAGAAAGGGUGCCUGUUGGGUUCGAACCCAGCACCUGGGUUUCUUUGAAGAAUUGAUGUUUGAUGAAGAAUUGAUGUUGGAUGAGGAAGGAAAAGGUGAUGUUUGAUGAAAUAUAUAUAUAUAUAUAUGUGUGUGUUUUUGUGGAUUUUGUUGUUUGAUGAAAAAUUGAUCGAUGAAGAUGAAGAUGAAGAUGAAGAUGAAGAAUAGAUCGACGAAGAGGGCAAGGAAAGGAACAGGAAGGUGAAAGAGAAAGUGGAGGAAAAAAGAAAAAUUUUUAAAUUUU